AUGCUUUUAACAAUAGUUCGUUGUUUUGUAUUCGUUCUAUUGAGGUUUGUUUCUUAUUUCGUUUUACUUGCUUUACUAUUAUUUGAUAUAUCAUUAGUUGAAGUAAAAUCUCAGUUCUGCGAUGGAAUAUCUCAAUAUGGUCGAUGUUCACCAAAUAGUGCAUGUGCCUGUUAUCAUAUAGCAGGGGCUAUUAACAUUGGCAUUUGUGUCGAUGUAUUUGUCGAUUGUUCUGCGUUAGUUGCAUGCGUAGACUCAGAUAACACUUGUUAUGAAACUAAUCAUCGAUGUGUUCAUCAUCCUCAAUGUCAUAGUUCUCCUGUUUGUUAUCCGGUGCCAAGUUUCAAUCAACGACUCUGUCCACCAAUACCGAAAUAUUUGGAUAUAGUUCUUCUUUGUAUUUUAGUCCAUCCAUUACGUGGAAAUGCUAUUGAUAUUCAUUCAAAUGCUCAAUGGCAAGAGAAUGGUCUUACCGAGGCUGGAGGAAAUAGAAGAGGCAAUGCAACUAAUCAACUCAACAACCCAGGGGGUGUAUAUGUGGACGAUGAUCAAACAGUUUAUGUCGCUGAUGCAUCAAAUCAUCGCAUCAUGGAAUGGAAAAUGGGUGCGAUGAGUAGUCAAGUGGUUGCCGGUGGAAAUGGUGAUGGAAAUGGAACUCAUCAAUUGUAUGGACCAUUAGAUGUGAUUGUCGACAGUGAAACUGAUAGUCUCAUUAUCAGUGAUCAUUAUAAUAAAAGAGUAGUUCGAUGGUCUCGUCGAAAUGGGACCCAUGGAGAAACAAUCAUUUCCAAUAUCUCUUGUUGGGGUUUGACAAUGGACGAGAAUGGAUCUCUCUAUGUCGCUGAAUUUUCAAAACAUGAAGUGAGACGAUAUCGAAGAGGAGAAUCUCAAGGAACAGUAGUUGCAGGCGGCAAUGGAUCUGGAAAUCGUCUCGAUCAGCUCUAUUAUCCACGAUAUGUAUUCGUUGAUCGAAAUAAUUCAGUUUAUGUAUCUGAUUGGGGAAACUAUCGUGUUAUGAAAUGGCUGGAAGGUGCAAAAGAAGUCAUUGUAGUGGCUGGUGGUAAUGGGCAAGGAAAUGCUCUUACACAAUUGCAUUAUCCUUUAGGAGUCGUUGCCGAUCAAUUGGGUACUGUGUACGUAGCUGAACAACUGAAUAAUCGAGUCGUACGUUGGCCCAAAGGAGCUACAGAAGGAAGUAUCAUUAUUGGUGGAAAUGGUAUUGGAGACAAAUCAAAUCAACUCGAUUGGCCCGUUGGUUUAUCAUUCGAUGGACAUGGCAAUUUCUAUGUCGUCGAUAACGGAAAUUCUCGAGUACAAAAAUUCAACAUUGCAUCCAAUCAAUGA